CGAUCAUGGCUCUGAUUUAUCAAGCAGUGCACAGAAGGGCUUCCUCUCUCCUCUGCAGGUUGCACUCUACUUAUGUUAGAAAAAUGAGAUACUUAAAUGAGCUAAGAGAAAAUGACARCUCUUGUAGACAAGCCCAGACCUCGGGAACUUUCUACCUCUUUCACAAUCUCUCCCCCUUCCUUCGGAAAGUCGGGAUGGAAUAUUUGGUACCACAGCUAAGUGCAGCAGAGACGAAGAGGAUCCUGGAGAAAUUCAAAGAGACUGAGCAAUGGAUAGAGAAGUCAGUGCUGAUCGGCUGUUCAGAUGAGCACGUACCGUACUUUGCCUUGGAUUUAGGAGCCUUGGAGAAGUCGGUCAUCGAGUCGGAGCUUGAGGGCUCAUUCACUGACUUACGAAAGGCUCUCUUUGUAGUGGAUGAGAAGGAUUCUCCGUUGCUGGCCUCGGCCCAGGCCCUUCUCCGCUGGCACGAGUCCCACCAGUACUGCAGCAAAACUGGACAGCCCACCCACAGAAACGUAGCCGGCAGCAAGCGGGUCUGCCACGCCAGUGGAAUCAUUUACUAUCCCCAGAUGUCCUUGGUGGUCAUCGUGCUGGUCUCCGAUGGCAGCCGGUGCCUCCUCGCGCGGCAGCCGUCRUUUCCUGCGGGCAUGUUCAGCGCUCUGUCGGGAUUCUGCGACGUAGGUGAAACCUUGGAGGAGACCGUCCGCAGGGAGGUGGCAGAAGAGGUGGGCCUGGAGGCGCAGUCGUUCCGCUACUCGGCGUCUCAGCACUGGCCCUUUCCCAGCAGCUGCUUAAUGGUAGCGGGUCACGUGCUGGUGAGGGCAGAGCACGCUCAGGUCAAUAUGAACAGCCUGGAACUGGAGGCAGCUCGGUGGUUUGACCUGGAGGAAGUCGUGGAGGGUCUCAAGAGAGGGCCCAAAACGUCAAAACAAGAGGAUGGUAGUAUUUUACCUUGGUUCCCUCCCAAGCAGGCCAUUGCUCACCGCCUGAUCCAGGAGUGGGUAAAGCAGCAGACUUCCCAGAAAACUUAGGCACAAUGACUUCAGUCUGCAAUUUUAGCUUUUUU